CAGCAAAAGCCGCAGGUGUCGCCAGCGGACGUAGCACACUAAAGCCAAAAUAAGCGCAUUUAAAAUUUCUGGUCGUGGUGAAAUUCGAAUUAUGUGAUAUAAUUACCAAAAUAUAAACUGCAUGCGAAUUUGAAAAAAAAUGCAAAUUAAAUCAAAUACAACUAAAAAUCAAAAGUGCUUUUCAAAUUAUUCCAAGUGAGGCUGAUAACAAUAGAAAUAAUGAAAGACAAGCUGGAAAUGGAAAACAGUCGCAAAUCGUCGACAGCGCCAUCAACCGUAUACGAAAUGGAAGUGGACGAGUCCGAGUUUAAUGAUCCCUUCCAGCAGCUCAUGGAAAAAGUCGGCAAUCAUGGCCGCUAUCAGACGUUUAACAAUUAUGUGCUGGUGGGCGGUCUAAGCUUCAGCGGCGCCAUGAUCUACAUGAAUAUAAUACUAGCGUUGAAUAUACCCGAUCACUGGUGCACCGUGCCGGGCAGAGAGCAAACAAACUAUACGCUGGAUCAAUGGCGCAAUCUAACGCUACCCAAGCAAACAGACAAUCGCGGCAAGGAGACGUUUAGUACCUGCGAAAUGUACGAUACGAACUUUACAGAGAUUCAAGAUUGGACGCACUGGAACAUGAGCCAGCGCAGCAACGAGACCACAGUUUGCCAGAAUGGCUGGACCUAUGACCAGACGUGGUACGACAGCACAAUACCCACGCAGGAGAACUGGGUAUGCGCCAAGGAUUUGUUUGUAACGAAUGUGUUUGUUGUGGGCCGCAUUACGGAAGUGGUCGGCUCAUUUAUAUUUGGACAAUUGGGCGAUUCCUAUGGACGGCGAUUAGUGUUCUAUAUAAGCGUCGUCUUCUGCUCGGUGGGACGCUUUGGCACAAUACUGAGCACGAGCUCUUACACUUGGUUCCAGGUCAUGUCCAGCAUUGUGGGCCUCAGCGUCAACAGUCUGUUUCAAUCGCCACAAAUUAUUGGCAUGGAAAUCUCCAGGGAGGAGGAUCGCAGUCGCAUUGCUUUCUUUCAGAGCGUGGGCUGGUCCGUGGGCACGACGCUGAUGCCGCUUCUGUUCUGGUGGCUGCGCGAUUGGUACUCCUUUAUGUGGCUAUCCUCGCUGCCCACGGCGCUGAUUUUAAUUUUCUUCAAGUUUAUCAUUGAAUCACCGCGCUGGUUGAUUAGCAAGCAACGCUUCGCUGAUGCCAUUGUGCAGCUCAAGAAGAUAGCCAAAAUUAAUGGACGCGAAUUCGAUGUGACGGAGAAGCAGCUGGCGGAUAUCUACAGUCGGAACACCAGCGAGGCCACCUAUGGCAUUGCCUCACUGUUCGCUGGCUGGCGCCUGGCGCGCAAUACCAUCAUCAUGGGCUUCAGCUGGUGCGUCGUCGCUGUCUCCUAUUUCACAUUGGUGCUAUUCAGUUCGCGCAUGGCGGGCAAUCCGUUUCUAAACUUUUUGUACCAGAGCAUUGUGGAAAUACCCGCCUAUGUGGUGGGCAAGUACAUGGGCGACAAAUUCGGUCGACGCUUUACCAAUUCGAUGUCUUUUCUCGUAUCCUUUGGCAUCUGCCUGCCCAUCAUUGCGUUGGCGCCGCACGAGGAGUACGAGUGGCUGAUGAUCUUUUUGGCCACGGCCAUCAAGUUCCUCAAUGCGUUGACCUUCUUUCUGGCCAAUCUGCAGUGCAUGGAAAUCUAUCCCACAUGCAUGCGUCAAACGGGCAUUGCCCUGGGCACCAUUCUGGCCAAUGCCAUUGGCGUGCUGGCACCCUAUCUGGUGUAUCUGGGCACCACGGUGGAUAUACGCGCUCCUUACUAUAUACUGGGCACACUCUUUCUGCUGGGCGGAACCGGUGCUCUCUUCUUGCCAGAGACGCUGCACAAGCGGCUGCCAGACUCGAUGGAGGAGGCCAAGAACUUUGGCAGACACGAUAAAUUCUUCAGUCUGCCAAAAGCGCCGCCGGCCCAAGACGUCAAGCUGGCGUCACAGCCGGAGCUAACCAAGCUGAAUAAGCCAGAGUUUAGGCCUUAAAGCUAAAUCAGCUCUUUGCAUUUACAUACGCAUGGAGCAUUGGCAUUGGCAUUGGCUAUGGCAAUUGAUUUGCCUCAAUACCCCAAUGUUCCCACACUGCUGUCGUUGUGAUGUUAUAUUAAGUACAACCCCCAACCCCACCCCUGCCCCAACAAGUAUUGUCAAUAAAGUGUUGUUGUUAUAC